AGAGUGCUAAAUUUAUCUUCAGAGGAGCGACCGCGCCAGCUGCGAAUCGGAUCUUUAUGGAGGUGGCAUAGGCGAGAUCCCUGAGCCGAGAGCAUCACCCUGUCCCCAAAUCCUUCUUUCCUCUGUUUUGUUUUUCAUUCCCCCUUCCCCCACCCCCCUCCAGUCCGCGACGACUGGCUCUUGACCCCGUUCAGGCCUCGGUGAAGGUGAGGACCAGAGUCGCCCCGGCGGCUGAGUGGCGCGCUCUGAAAUGGCCGCUGCCGGAGCUGUUUAAAAUGGCGGCCGCAGGCUCGGCCGGGAGCGCGGCCCUGCCCUGCAGCCGGGCCGCUGCGGAGCCCGCUCUCCCCGUCACCGAUGGAGAUGGAGGAGAAAGAUAGGAUUGGGUGCCGAGACGAGUUCAUGGGGUAGUGAGGUGAGGCGACGGCCCGGGGACGCGAGAGAAGCGUUGUGGAGGCGAGGGUGGCCGCCGACGGGAGUGAGCCCCGACUGCGGCGCUUUGGGGGCAGCGCGCCCCUGUGCCCAGGAGCUGAGGGACAGCGGGCCCGGGCCGCACAUCGAGGGGACCGUUGGAGAAAGCAUAGCCGUGUUGGCAGCGAUGCCCGUGCCCACCUCCUGCCUGGGCUGUCUGACCGGACUGCACUGCCACCCAGCCCUCCUGCCCUCGAGGGUAUUGUUCAAAGCUGGAACCACCCGAGGGCGGGGGUGGAUGCCUUGUGUCACCUGUCAAUUUAAGUGGAAGCAGAGACGAGAUGAGGGUCCCACUUCCCCCAGCCGUUUUCGGGGAGUGGAACGGAAACUUUACUCUCUAGGGACUCCAGACUCUUUGUCCUCGAGAGAUCCGAGGACGCCCCUCUAAAAGAGGUGGGGACGAGGCCCUGCUUCCUACUCCGUUGUGUCCUCCUCUGGCAGCAAAGGAGAGGGGUCCUAAUCUCUUAGGUCAACCGGCAGCUCCAGGAAGUUCUCUGUGGCUCAAUCCAAAUCGAGAUUGUGGAAGGAGAAUCUACUGCUCUUUUGCUCCCAAUAAUGGUGAAGUAGGGCUGUCUGCUGAUGCCAGUGGUAACCCACCGUAAUCCAUUUCUCUCUGCACCGCCCAACUCCUCCCGGAUAUUUAGUGCUUGGGAAAUUAAGAGUGUUAAGGAACACACCAGUGAUAGCUUGGCACGUGGGCUAUGCAGUCGAACAUUUGGGGUUCUGUUCUUAGUUCUUCCCUUAGAAGAUGUAACUUAGCAGGUGACAUAACCUCUUUGUGUCUAUCUGUUGGUCUCUAAAGUGGGGUUAUUGAUAGUCCCGGACUCUCAGGUUUGUUUUGAGGAUUAAAUGAGAUAAUCUAUGAAGAAUUCAGCAGUCACUGGCACAUAGUAAACCAUGCUCACUCCGUAAACAUUAGUAACCUGAGGAGAUGGAAAUAGUUCUAGCAAAAAGACAUGUUUCGUGUAACGCUGGCAUGUAUAAUUCCAUUUUAGAAUACUUUCACUGCUUAGUUUUAGCGAUACUAAGAUGUGACUGUACUUUGAACAGUUAGGUUUAGUAUUUCUAUGAAGUCAGUGGGGGAGGGAGCGUCUCAAAUCAAUGAAAUUACCAGUGUAUUAGACAAGGGGAAAUUGUAGCAUUUUUACUAUGCUACGCAUCUUCUAUUUCAGUCCAAGAUGUGCAUUACUGUGAAGAAUCAUGUGCACUGCCUGGAUCUAAAAUAAAUUGUCAUGAAAGGUCAUCUUAGAGGUUUGUAGUUCUGCUUUUGCAGUGUCUAAUUUUACUUUUUCUCAUUCUAGGCUUUUGGUUACUCCCCUUCCACCCCAUCCCUUAAUUUUAUUCUUUUGAAGAGUCUGCAUCUCAAGCUGCUAAGGUGGAGAAUGUGAUUGCAGAAGGGAGCACUCCUCGUUUCAGGUAUCUUACCCACCAGCUGUUGAUGGGAAAACCGUUUUGAUUCAAGAUCUAACAUGAAAAUACAAACCUUACUCUGUAGCCAAAUCAAAGUUUAAAUUGAAAGUAGAUAUGUAUGGACAGACACUAAAUGUGUAUGCCUUAACUUAUAAACCUAUUAGUAGCCUUUAGAGGUCCUAAAAUUUGCAUUACCUUUCCUUUUAAUUAGACUUUUUUGUUUUUGUAUGAGGAAUAAACCUAUUAAAAUGAGAAUGUAUGUUCUCUUUAGGUUCUAGUUAAGCCUUCGCCUAUACUGUAAUGGGAUGCAGAAUAAACAGUAAAAUAUAUAUUACUUUGAAUGAGUCUUAAUUUGGAUAAUAUGAAUAUUUAUGUACUUUUAACUCCAGAGAAAUAGUAGCAAACUUUUGAUCUACAGUUUAUUUUCAAUGAUAAUAUGUAGUAUUUAAGAUACAACCGAAUUCCGUGUCUUGCAAAACUUUGAGCUGUGUUUGUUUUUAGUAUGGCUCAUCAAAAUAGUUGCUAGCUCUGAAAGGAGCCUUGACAUGUGUAAUAGUAUCAACAAUGAAUGUAUCUAAUGGCAGUAGGCGUUAGAAAGCUAAGAGAUUUCCAAGAUACUAUAUACCAUGAGUAGGGGUUGGUAAUUAUGGCCCGUAUUGUUUUUGUAGAUAGAGGUUUAUUGGAACACAGCUGUGUCCAUUCUUUUACGUAUUAUCUAUGGCUGCUGCCACACUACAACUACAGAGUUGAGCAGUUGCAAUAGACUGUGUGGCCCUUUACAGAAAAAGUUUGCCAACCCCUGCCAUAGGACGUACUCCUCAAGGUCCCUUUCUUGAAAAUACAACUUACCAGUUCUUCAUUAUUUCUUAGCCUAAUGGUUCCCAAAUUGUGUUUUAUAGAAUAUUAAUAUUCUCUUAAGUUAAUGUGUUCUGAGAAAAAGAUCAAUGCUAACAAUUUUUCUUUAUAGUUUAUUUUAAAAUAUAAGUUUAAGACUACUAAACUCAUUUCUAUAGCUUUUAUUUUUAUGUGAUAAUCUACCUUUAAGAAAAGGUGUGCCAUACCUGAGAACACCAGGAAGUCGCAUGAGAGAUCACCUGAUAGACGAACGUGUGAUGUUCCAUCUGCGCAUUGAUGCUUAGGCAGCAUUUACAAAUUAACUGAUGUGUUGCUAUGUAUCAUCUCUUUGAUGAUUGCUCAUCUUCUAUGUAUCCUGUCUUAAAAUUUCAAUACAUUUGUGAUACUCAAUGUUUAUUCUAAAUUAACCAUGUUUUGUACUACAAAUACAUUGCCUAUGGAUCUGUUGCUGAAGCAAGGAAGUCUUAAACAAGAAGUAGAAUCUUUUUGUUAUCAAAUUGUGUCUGAAUCAAAUGAUCAAAAGGUUGGAAUAUUACAAGAUGAAGAUGAACAAUUGCAGCCUUCAGUUUCUAAAAAAUCAGAAGGUGAGCUUUCCAGGGUCAAAUUUAUGUCCAGUUCCAACAAAAUAACAUUUAGUAAGAAACCAAAAAGAAGAAAAUAUGAUGAAAGUUAUUUGUCUUUUGGAUUUACUUACUUUGGAAAUAGAGAUGCACCUCACGCUCAGUGUGUGUUAUGUAAGAAAAUUUUAUCAAAUAGCUCUUUGGCCCCUAGUAAGCUUCGAAGACAUUUGGAAACUAAACAUGCUGCAUAUAAAGACAAAGACAUCAGCUUUUUUAAGCAACAUCUUGAUUCACCUGAAAAUAAUAAACCCCCAACACCUAAAAUUGUCAAUACAGAUAAUGAAAGUGCUACAGAGGCAUCGUACAAUGUAAGUUACCAUAUAGCCCUGAGUGGAGAGGCUCAUACUAUUGGAGAAUUGCUUAUCAAGCCUUGUGCAAAGGAUGUCGUGAUGCGGAUGUUUGAUGAACAAUACAGUAAAAAAAUAGAUGCAGUACAACUAUCGAACAGUACCGUUGCACGCCGUAUUAAGGAUCUAGCUGCUGACAUUGAAGAAGAGCUUGUUUGUAGACUGAAAAUUUGUGAUGGUUUUUCACUGCAACUAGAUGAAUCAGCUGAUGUUUCAGGACUUGCUGUGCUGCUUGUGUUUGUUCGUUACAGGUUUAAUAAGUCUAUUGAGGAAGACCUACUCUUAUGUGAAUCUUUGCAAAGUAAUGCUACUGGGGAAGAAAUUUUCAACUGCAUCAAUGGUUUUAUGCAGAGACAUGAAAUUGAAUGGGAAAAAUGUGUUGAUGUUUGUAGUGAUGCUUCUAGGGCAAUGGAUGGGAAAAUUGCUGAGGCUGUCACCUUCAUAAAAUAUGUGGCUCCCGAAAGCACCAGUAGUCACUGCCUAUUGUAUAGACAUGCACUAGCAGUUAAAAUAAUGCCUACAACUCUGAAAAAUGUGCUAGAUCAGGCAGUACAAAUCAUCAAUUAUAUUAAAGCUCGGCCACAUCAGUCCAGACUACUAAAAAUUUUAUGUGAAGAAAUGGGUGCCCAGCACACAGCACUUCUUCUGAAUACAGAGGUGAGGUGGCUUUCCCGAGGUAAAGUUCUUGUAAGACUCUUUGAGCUUCGUCGUGAACUAUUGGUUUUCAUGGAUUCUGCUUUUCGACUAUCUGAUUGUUUAACAAAUUCAUCGUGGCUGCUAAGACUUGCAUAUCUUGCAGAUAUUUUUACUAAAUUAAAUGAGGUUAAUCUGUCAAUGCAAGGAAAAAAUGUGACAGUUUUUACAGUAUUUGAUAAAAUGUCAUCAUUAUUAAGAAAAUUGGAAUUUUGGGCUUCGUCUGUAGAAGAAGAAAAUUUUGAUUGUUUUCCUACCCUCAGUGACUUUUUGACUGAAAUUAAUUCUACAGUUGAUAAAGAUAUUUGCAGUGCCAUUGUGCAGCACCUAAGGGGUUUGCGCUCUACUCUCUUAAAAUAUUUUCCUGUAACAAAUGACAAUAAUGCUUGGGUUAGAAAUCCAUUUACAGUAACUGUUAAGCCAGCCUCAUUAGUAGCACGGGACUAUGAGAGCCUGAUUGAUUUAACGUCUGAUUCUCAAGUGAAACAAAAUUUCAGUGAACUUUCACUAAAUGAUUUUUGGAGUAGCCUAAUUCAAGAGUACCCAAGCAUUGCAAGGCGUGCAGUUCGUGUACUUCUUCCUUUUGCUACAAUGCACCUAUGUGAAACAGGGUUUUCAUAUUAUGCUGCAACAAAAACGAAAUAUAGGAAAAGACUUGAUGCUGCACCUCAUAUGCGGAUCCGACUUAGCAACAUUACACCUAAUAUUAAGCGGAUAUGUGAUAAAAAGACACAAAAACACUGUUCUCAUUAAAACUGGAGGGUUUUGCAUGUCUCAAUAACCAAAUAUAAGACGAAAAUAAACAAUGAUUUACUCCA